GUCUCAGCUUUGCUGCAGCGCCCUCCGGUUCAGUAUUUUGGUGGCCUCUGGCGAGCAUUAGAGCAGAAAGUGCUGCCGGAGAAGGACGGGUUGGAAGGCGAUCCGCGGAAGAGGGUCGUUCAUUGGACUGGGCUGUCGACCUCCUGUAGCCGAGAGGAGCCUGCUGGAACAUCGCGACCCCGCAGAAAGCCACAUCCUCGCAUGGGGGGGCGGUACUUGCUGCUGGCAGGAUAGCUGGCUCUGAUGGGCUUGGUAAGAACAGAAGAAGGGCAAUUCUUCAGCCUUUGCUGCUGCUUCUCUUCCUUGUAGGACAUUUGAUCCUGCAGCUCUGGGUCCCCCACUCUUAAAUCUGGGUUUUGCUUCAAUCUUGAACUGAAAUGGUAUGAAAAGAAGAUUGGCUUGGAAAGCCUCUUAAAUUCCUUGACUGUGUGUAGCUCUCUGAUUACAGCAUCCCAGAGAUAAUGCCAUCCUUGCCUAAUGAGGGAGAUAACCAAGGAACCACUUCUUUGUCUUUGAGUUCAAGCUUAUCUUUCCAAAGCUCAAUUAGGAGAAAAGUCAGAGAGAAGAAAAAACAUGCAACCAUUACUGCGAAUAUUGCUGGCACAAAAUAUGAAAUUGUCCGGGUAGCAAUAGAAGAAAUGGGAUUUGCAAAGACUCGGGAUGAUGAUGAGACCGCAAACCUUAUCUGGAGCGACUGUGCUGUGCAGCAAGAAAAAAUUGCAGAUCUCCAGAACUACCAGAGAAUCAACCAUUUUCCUGGAAUGGGGGAAAUCUGUAGGAAGGACUUCUUGGCACGAAACAUGACUAAAAUGAUCAAGUCUCAGCCGCAGGAAUAUAGUUUCAUUCCUCGGACGUGGAUUUUUCCAGCAGAGUUUACCCAGUUCCAGAACUAUGUAAAAGAACUUAAAAGAAAGCGCCGACAGAAAACGUUUAUAGUCAAACCAGCUAAUGGGGCCAUGGGACAUGGGAUCUCCCUUGUCAGAAAUGCAGAAAAACUUCAUUCCCAGGACCACCUCAUCGUUCAAGAAUACCUUGACAAGCCCUUCCUUAUGGAAGGGUACAAAUUUGAUUUAAGGGUGUAUAUUCUGGUAACUUCAUGCGAUCCACUUAAAAUAUUUUUAUACCAUGAUGGAUUAGUGAGAAUGGGCACAGAGAAAUAUCAUCCACCCAAUGAAUCCAAUAUGAGCCAGUUGUAUAUGCACCUGACCAACUACUCUGUGAAUAAGCACAAUGAGCAUUUUGAACGGGAUGAAACAGAAGAUAAAGGCAGUAAGCGCUCUAUAAAGUGGUUUACUGAGUUUCUGCAAACAAAUCACCUUGACGUUUCCAAAUUCUGGAAUGAUAUUUCAGAGUUAGUGGUGAAGACACUUAUAGUAGCAGAGCCACAUGUCCUUCAUGCUUAUCGUAUGUGUAGACCAGGGCAAUCUCCUGGAAGUGACAGCGUUUGCUUUGAAGUUCUGGGAUUUGAUAUUCUGCUGGACAAGAAACUCAAGCCUUGGCUACUAGAGAUUAAUCGAGCCCCCAGCUUUGGUACUGACCAGAAAAUUGAUUAUGAUGUGAAAAAAGGUGUCCUUUUGAAUGCGUUACAGCUUCUCAAUAUAAGGACAAGCGAUAAAAGAAAAAAUUUAGCCAAGCAAAAAGCAGAAGCUCAGAAGAGACUGUAUGGCCAAGGGUCAAUGAAAAGGCUGUCACCUAUAUCUUCUGACUGGGAAAAGCAACGACGUUCCCUAGAAAGGAGGAGAGAAGAACUGAAAGAGAGACUUGCACAAGUACGCAGGCAGAUCUCCAAAGAAGAGCAUGAAAACAGGCACAUGGGAAAUUAUAGGCGUAUUUACCCUCCCGAUGAUAAAUUUCUACUUGAAAAAUAUGAAGGUUUGUUAGCCACAGCUUUUCAAACAUUUCUUGCUGGGAGGGCAGCUUCACUUCAACGGGAAAUGAACAACCCUUUGAAAAGGAUGAAGGAAGAAGACAUAUUGGAUCUUCUGGAACAGUGUGAACUUGAUGAUGAGAAACUAAUGGGAAAAUCUGUCAAAUCACGUGGACCAAAGCCUCUGUAUUCAAUGCCAGAAAGUGCACAAUUCAUGAAAAAGAACAAGACCGACAGCAGUGGCAGUAGUCAUGAAAGCAGCAGUGACAUCUCUGAAUGGGAAGAGGAGGCUGAGAAAGAAGAUGACAGUGGGAAGAAAGAGAAAAAUGUCACAUUUGAUCUCGAAGAUAGGAAAUUAAUAGAGCGAUCCAGCAGAAUGCACUGGAAGCAGCCUCUGAAAAAAGUCCCAUCUUAUGUGUCUGCCGCCUCUUCGACUAGUCCUAUCCGGCGUUCUGUAAGCUGCCCUCGAUCCAUUUCAGCUUUGGCUAUGCAACUGCAAGCUGAAAAACGCCCUUUCACAGCCAAACCAGUAAUGCAUCUCUCUCGGUCAUCACUCGCGAGCAGGUCACACUCUUUAAACAGAGGUUCAUCUGCUCUCAAAGUGUCUCACACUGCCAACCAAGGUUCUGUACAUUCAUCUGGGGGUGAAAUGCAGCAGGGAACCGUGGAACAGGACGAAUUAUUGACAAAGGAAACUUUAGCCAUUUUCAAUGACAUGAAGAUACGAUACCCAGGGAAAACAAACGAAGAAGCAGAUCUAAUCAUCGAAGAUAUAAUGGAUAACUGGAAAUACCAUAAAUCAAAAGUGGCGUCAUAUUGGUUAAUAAAAUUGGAUUCUGUAAAACAGCGAAAGGUUUUAGACAUUGUGAAAGUCAGUAUUCGCUCUGUCCUGAAGCAUAUCUGGAGAGUUUCAGAUGUGGAAUGUUUACAUUUAUACCGACUUUUUAACCGUGUGUUUAAUCGCCUGCUCUGGAGCCAUGGCCAAGGGCUGUGGAAUUGUUUCUGUAAUUCAGGGAGCUCUUGGGAGACAAUAUUCAGUAAAAGCACAGAAGCCGUGACUGCCGAUCAACUCCAGUGUUGCCAACGAAUAGUUGAACUUUGUAAACAGUGCCUGCUAGUGGUUUACAAAUACUCAUCUGAUGUUAGAGGGACCUUCUCUGGAAUGAAUUCUGAUUGGGACGACACAAGGUAUUUAUUACCAGGACCAUUGCAAUUCGUCAUGAAACCCUCCACCGGUUUUGGGUGUAGCUCAUCUGGAAUGACUCGCUCGGUGUUGUUUACAUCUAAAUAUGACCAUUCAUGAAACUAAAAGGAACGUUACAUUAAUGGGCAACUCGCUUUAUUUUUCUCCUCAAACACAAAUGUGUGACGGAACUGAACAUAGAUAUUGUUAUAUAUUUAUUACCAUGUAUAAGAUGUAGCUCAAAAAUCUGCUGUAAACACAUGGCAUUUCUCAGAAAUAUAAUAAACCUUAUUAAAAUGUUUACAGAGGUAUGUGAAUGUCCACAUUUGCUAGAUGAUUAAAUAAAUUUGUACUAAAAACGAUACUUUGGCUGCAGAGGCACAGAGGGCACAAUCCUAUACUGGAGAUCUCUUAGCUGAGGGGCUGGAGACUAGUGGAAGCCCUGGUAUCUGGUGAAAUGCCAGUUAUGUUGCAAUAUUUACUCAUGUGCUACUAGAGGUCUCUGCAGGCAGAGCUGGUCUCUUAAUGAAGAUAAUCUUUAUAGAAAGGGUAGAGCAUAGCAGAGAUAGGAGUUGAAUAGAGGAGAACCAAUCUUGGUCACAUCCCAUAUUACUACAAUCUGUUGGAUGCAUUCCCACAGAAGGUGUGUUUUUUCCUCUGGUUCCAGAUCUAUUAAGUUCUCACCCAUUGAACUUAAUGGGAGAGGGGAAAUUCAUGAGUGCAUUGCUUGUCUUGCCUUUGUUGCCUAUAUCUGGGGCAUAGUGUGGCUCAAAACCCAAUUGUAGCAAAUCAUCACUGUGUAUAAAGCCACAAUCAAUAGGUUAACCAUUGCUCUGAUGAAAGAGUGCAUAACUUAGGGGUCUAUAUUUGAUCUCGCGUUGCACGCAUUUUAGAGGGCACAAGGUUGAAGAAGUUGGGGAAGAAGAAGGAAGGAGCAUUACGCAGAAGCAGGCCUUUAUGAAAUACUCAUAAAGCAGAUUGCCAACACUUCUCUGCCCAGAAUCCUAACUGGCAUUUUGCUUUGAGACAUUAAACAGACGGUCAACAAUCAACGUUGUUUUUGUGAUGUGGACAUGACAGGUCAGAGUCCCUCAUUCGAAGAAGUAAAGGAGGAAGAAACCCAGACCACAAAGUAUACUUCUGUGGUUCAUUCCCCAUUUAUUCAAGGUAAAACGGGGGCAAGGAAUGGGAAGGACUGGUUGGCCAUCAGAUUACUAAAAGGAGGAAUUAGUAUACAAUUGCUCACAGUCCCUCCCUGGAAUAUUUCAAGGCUCCACAGCAACACAGUUAAUGGGAAUACUGCAUUGAUAGCCAAGUGAAUUGGGAACAUCUCCAUAGAGAAGCCAAUGUCUCAAGGAAAAAUCCACAGACCCCAGAGAAGGGAUUUAGACCAAGGGAAAGAAUAAGAAAAAGGUGGUGAGUAUGUGGCCAGGCUAUUUUGAAUGUCCUAACCCUAAUUUAUACUUGUCCGCAUUGUAGGUCAGUGGACAGCUUAUAGGGACUAUUCUACUGGUCUAAUGGCUCCAGGACUCCAUUCUCAGCAUCAUCUGAGUAUAGGAUUGCUUUGCCCAACAAAACUGACCUUGCAGGUCCUGUUACAAUUUUAACUUAUUUUAUAGGCAGAAUGUCUUUAGAUUUGAACUAUUUAUGUGAAGCUUAUUGGGUUUUUUAUUUUUUGUUUUCCUUCUCUGGUAGGGAGCAAUGUGCCAUUAGGAUUAGAUGAUAAGGCUUAGGGGAAUGAAGAUAGUAAGCCCCUAAGUAUGUUGCUUCUGUUUCACAGUUAAAGACACUUGUAUAAAUGCCGAAGUCUAAUGUACCUUUGGGCAUAUUUUUAACUGAAGAGAAGGAUAAGAAAUGUGCAAUUUUUAUUUUUCAGUAAGGGCAUGCUGAGACCUCUUAGUUAAGUGAAGUCAAUCCUCUGGGUAAA